AUGGCGCUGCGCGCGGCUCCCGCCCGUUGGCUCUGGCGCGCGCUGGCGGCCCCGGGCGCCCUCCGGGUCGUACCGCCGCCUCCUCGCGCCGCCGCCUCAGCCCCGGCGCUGCCCCCGGCCCGGCCCCGCUGCACCGGAACCGGCACCGGCACCGGCGGGCACGGCCCGGAGCGAGAGGGGCCGCGGCGGCGAGUGCUGGUGGUGCGGGUCACCAGCCCCCUCGCCUGGCUCCGCACCCGCUUCUACUACCUGCUCAUCCGGCUGUACUUCGACCAGGAGUUCAGCGUGGAGGAGUUCACGAGGGGCGCCAAGCAGGCUUUUUCUGUGGUUUCGAAGCUCCUAUCUCAGCGUAAACUUGACCUGCUGGAUGAACUCGUGUCAGCAGAAGUACUCCAGGUGCUGAAGGAAAAGCUUUCUUUGCUCCCCGACAACCACAGGGAUGCUUUAGCCGCUGACAUUGACGCCAUCAUGUACACAACAGAGGGAGAUGUUCGCAUUUACUAUGAUGAUGACGGAAGAAAGUUUGUUAGCAUCCUGAUGCGUUUCUGGUACCUGAAUGGAGCUAAUCUACCUGAUGCAGUCCCAGGUGAAACCAAAGUUUUCCAGAUUGUGUUUGGGGAUGAAAGCAUGAAAGAAAAAAGACAUCUUUUAACAGCAAACUAUGAGUUCCAAAGGGAAUUUACAGAAGGAGCAAAACCAGACUGGACAAUUACACGAAUUGAACAUCCGAGGCUAUUAGAAUAAAGGCCUUCUAGUAUUUUUAUGUACUGUUGUAAAUGUUCUGAUGUAACAAAUAUCAGGCUUUUUUUGAGUCUCUUUUUUUCUCUUCCUGCCUUCUUCUCCAAAAGAGGGAUGAACUUUGUAUGUCUGAUUUCCCAGAACUGUUUCUGAAACUCACACUGUGCGGCAGCAUCACAAUAAAGCCUUUUCCCUGGAA